AUGGCAUCUUUGCAGUGCACAGUGCUGAUGUUUCAUGACUACAAGAAGAUGGAAGUUGAAGCCUGUUCUGAUAAGGUCGUAGAUGACAGCUGCAUAGCAGAGUCCCAGAAGUUAGUCUAUGCAAUAAAUGCUUUUGAAGGACACAUCCAAAAGCAAAUUUCCCAACAAAUUCACAUGGUACACAAGCCAGAUGAGGAUACAGACAUGUAUAAUACUCCUUACACAUACAACGCAGGUCUGUACAACUCACCCUACAGUGCUCAGUCACACCCUGCUGCGAAGACCCAGACCUACAGACCCCUUUCCAAAAGCCACUCAGACAAUGGCACAGAUGCUUUUAAGGAGGCGCCCUCCUGGAGCCUCCCCCAUGUCCCGCCACGACCAAGAGAUCAGUCCUCAACAGAAAAGCAUGACUGGGACCCUCCAGACAGAAAGGUAGACACCAGAAAAUUUCGAUCCGAGCCAAGGAGUAUUUUUGAAUAUGAGCCGGGGAAGUCAUCCAUUCUGCAGCAUGAAAGACCCCCCCCUCUCCCAACAACUCCAACACCUGUUCCCAAGGAACCCAGUCGGAAGCCUGUCUCAGUGUCACCCUCAACAGAUGGCCUGCGUAGCCCUUCCCCUCCACCCCGGAGCUGUGUCCCCACAGCACCCCGUCAGAGUCCGAGUGCCCCAGCUCUCUCUCCCACCCGGACUGGUCGCAUAAAUCCAGAUGACAUAGAUUUAGAAAAUGAGCCCUGGUAUAAAUUCUUUUCAGAACUGGAAUUUGGACGUCCGCCUCCUAAAAAGGCUCUGGACUAUGUUCGAGAUCCUUCUUCCGGUGUUUCCAAUGAGGCCUCCAUCUAUCAGUCCACUAUUGACAGAAGCCUGGAAAGACCCAGUAGUUCUGCAAGCAUGGCUGGUGACUUUAGGAAACGGAGGAAGAGUGAACCUGCAGUGGGCCCACCCAGAGGCUUGGGUGAUCAGAGUAUGAACAGGACCAGCCCGGGGCGAGCAGACCUCCAAGGAUCAAGUUCCACAUUGACGAAGUCUUUCAUUAGCUCUUCUCCUUCCUCUCCAUCAAGAGCCCAAGGUGGGGAUGAUAGCAAAAUGUGCCCAACCCUUUGUAGUUACUCGGGGCUCAAUGGCACCCCCUCUAGUGAGUUAGAAUACUGUAGCGCCUAUAGACAGCAUUUGGAUGUCCGGGACUCUCAAAGGGCCAUCACCUUCAAGAAUGGAUGGCAAAUGGCCCGGCAAAAUGCGGAGAUCUGGAGCAGCACUGAAGAGACUGUGUCCCCAAAAAUCAAAUCACGUAGCUGUGAUGACCUCCUGAAUGAUGAUUGCGACAGCUUCCCAGACCCUAAAGCCAAGUCAGAAAGUAUGGGUUCUCUGUUAUGUGAAGAAGACUCCAAAGAGGGCUGCCCCAUGAUGUGGACUUCCCCCUACAUCCAGGAAGUGUGUGGUAACAGCAGAUCUAGAAUCAAACACAGGUCAGCCCAUAAUGCCCCAGGCUUCCUCAAAAUGUACAAGAAAAUGCAUCGCAUCAACCGCAAGGAUUUGAUGAAUUCAGAGGUAAUUUGCUCUGUGAAGUCCAGGAUACUGCAGUAUGAAAAGGAACAGCAGCACAGGGGUCUGCUCCACGGAUGGAGCCAGUCUUCCACCGAGGAGGUGCCCAGGGACAUGGUGCCCACCCGCAUUUCAGAAUUUGAAAAGCUGAUACAGAAGUCCAAGUCCAUGCCCAAUCUAGGGGAUGAGAUGUUGUCUCCUGUAACCCUAGAACCCCAACAAAAUGGUCUGUGUCCUAAGAGGCGGUUUUCUAUUGAGUCUCUGCUAGAGGAAGAAACUCAGGGUAGACAACCUUCUCAGGGUCAGCGAAGCUGCAAAUCUAAAACCCUGGUGCCCAUCCACAUCGAAGUCACAAGCGAUGAGCAUCCCAGAACACACAUAGAGUUUUCCGACAGUGACCAAGAUGGAGUUGUGUCUGACCACAGCGACUAUGUUCAUGUAGAAGGGUCAUCCUUUUGCAGUGAAAGUGAUUUUGAUCAUUUUUCAUUCACAUCCUCUGAAAGCUUCUAUGGCUCCAGCCACCACCACCACCACCAUCAUCGGCACCUCAUCAGUUCCUGCAAAGGCCGAUGCCCAGCCUCUUACACUCGAUUUACCACCAUGUUAAAACAUGAAAGAGCUAAACAUGAAAACAUUGACCAACCCAGAAGGCAAGAAAUGGACCCCAGCCUAUCUAAACUUGCAUUUCUAGUCAGCCCUGUGCCUUUCCGGAGGAAAAAGAAUGUGACUCCCAAAAAACAGACUGAACAGGCCAAAUGCAAAGCCUCUGUAGUUGAGGCUCUGGACUCUGCCCUCAAAGACAUCUGCGACCAAAUAAAGGCUGAAAAAAGGAGGGGAAGCCUACCAGACAACAGUAUAUUGCAUAGGCUUAUCAGUGAACUGUUGCCAGAGAUCCCUGAAAGGAAUUCAUCCCUUAAUGCUCUGAGAAGGAGCCCCAUGCACCAGCCUUUCCACCCACUGCCUCAAGAUGGUGCUAUUCAUUGUCCACUCUACCAAAAUGAUUGUGGGAGGAUGCCUCACAGUGCCUCCUUCCCAGAUGUGGACACAGCCAACAGCAGCUACCAUGCACAGGACUAUGGUAGUGCACUGAGUCUCCAAGACCACGAGUCACCUAGAAGUCAUUCAUCUACUUUGACUGACUUGGGAAGAAGUGUAUCACGGGAACGAAGAGGAACUCCAGAAAAAGAGAAAUUGCCUGCAAAAGCUGUCUAUGAUUUCAAAGCUCAGACAUCUAAGGAGCUAUCAUUUAAGAAAGGAGAUACUGUCUACAUCCUCAGGAAAAUCGACCAGAACUGGUAUGAGGGGGAGCACUACGGAAGAGUAGGCAUCUUUCCAAUCUCGUAUGUGGAGAAACUAACACCUCCAGAGAAAGCGCAGCCUGCCAGACCACCACCCCCAGUCCAGCCUGGAGAGAUUGGCGAAGCCAUAGCCAAAUACAACUUCAAUGCAGACACAAACGUGGAACUCUCCCUGCGAAAGGGCGACAGGAUUAUUCUUCUUAAAAGAGUUGAUCAAAACUGGUAUGAAGGUAAAAUCCCCGGAAGCAACAGGCAAGGCAUCUUCCCUGUCUCCUAUGUAGAAGUCAUCAAGAAGAACACAAAAGGUGCUGAUGAUUACCCUGACCCUCCUAUACCCCACAGCUACUCUAGUGAUAGAAUUCACAGCCUAAGUUCCAAUAAGCCUCAUCGCACAGUGUUCACCCAUGACAACAUUCAAGGUGGGGGGGAACCGUUUCAGGCUCUGUAUAACUAUACUCCUAGGAAUGAAGAUGAGCUGGAACUCAGAGAAAGUGACGUCGUUGAUGUGAUGGAGAAGUGUGAUGAUGGAUGGUUCGUGGGAACCUCAAGAAGAACCAAAUUCUUUGGUACCUUUCCCGGAAACUAUGUCAAGAGGCUGUGAAUCACCUUCCUCCUUAUUUACUCCACAUUUCAACAACACAUAUGCAGAACUCAUCUGAAACAUCCCAGCAGGCCUGUCGCUGUCAUGCCUUACGGUUUCCAAUAGGCCAUUGCCAUCUCCACCUGCUGCCACCAGAUCACCAGCAGCGACUACCGCUGGGAGCUUCAGGGAAAUGUGGCAAACUUAUACUCGCAUAAAUGCAGUUUCCUUCUUUGAAAUGUUGUGGCAUAGAAUCAGAAUGAAAGUUGUCAUAAUUUUAAAAAGUGGAAUAGUUAAAGCAGAAGGAAAGAAAGAAAGAUAGGAAGGGAGGGAGGAAGGAAGGAAGGAAGGAAGGAAGGAAAGAAGGAAGGAAGGAAAGAAGGAAGGAAGGAAGGGAGAAAAAGAAAGACUCUCCAGGAAGCUUUCUGGUCUCAAGGCUGUAUUCCCACCUCUCUGGAAGGUGUUCUGUCCUCAGGAAGCCAGAAGACUGUUUUCUGAAAUGCUAUGAUUUGCAUUUUCACCCUCAGCUUGGCAGUAUAUUUCCCUUUCACGAGUUUGCCUAGUGCCCUGGUUUACACUAUAUGACAACUAUACUUCAGCUGUUAUUUGCCUGCACUUCUCAUAUAUUGUUUUAUGCACAGUGAUCAUAAAAUCUAGAGUGAAUAGAAAAGUUAAUUGGGAUGGGUGUGAUUUUUGUUAAUUGCAUUAAGUUUUCACAUAGGAGGUUUUUCCUGUUCAUUUUUUGUGUGUACUUAUUAAAAGUGCAAACAGUGAGUGAUUAAGAUCCCUUGGUCACUACCAUGACUAUCAUGAAGUUUUAGCCACACUGCAGGACAAAUCGUGUUGUAAAUUUGCAUUGCUGUUUUAUAUUAAAAUAUAAUCAUCAGCAUCA